GUGUGUGUGUGUGUGUGUGUGUGUGUGUGGUGCGGUACUCGGCUAGUGGAUAUUGUUUACACCGCGCGCCGAGUACCGCACUCCCACUUGUUCUGGGAAGCCUUCUAACUCUUGUCCCAUCUGUAUGUGGCUCUUUGGGAGGUUAUUUAAGUCAAGUGCAUCAAGGAUGGGUGACGAGGAGUACAGCAUUACGCUGUGCCACGGCACCUCCCGACACGAUGUGCUGGUGAAGGGCACCUUGACCUUGGAGGAGCUGUCUAGAACGAUUGAGGAAUUGACUGAUGUGCUCCACAACAGCCAGAAAAUCAUUCACCGAGGGAAGACCCUGUCCCGGGGCGAGGCAACUCUGGCAUCAUGUGGUGUGGGUCCCGGCGCCAAGUUGAUGGUGCUAGGCAAGAAGCAUGAACAUGAGGACAACAGCAUCAAUUUUAAGGCUGUCCUAAAAAUUGAGGAAUCAUGCAGCAAAGUAGAACGGCGCCUCAAUGAUGCCAUUCCAGAGGUGGAAGGAAUUUCACAAGGAUACAUGGAUCCCCAAUUGUGUGGGGAGGCACUCACUAAGCUCAGGAAGCAGCUCCUUGCCGUUAAUGAAGACUUCAUGCGUCAUCUGGAGCAGUUGGAUGGUAUUGAUUUCCAGGAAACAGAUGUUCGUGCCAGGCAGCGACGGAAAGCACUAGUGAAGAGAAUCCAAGAGUUGAUGGAACGGUGUGACCGAGAACAUGAACACAUCAACAAAUUGCUGCUGAAUUACACCUAGUAUUGGAGUGGCACCUUGUAGUUCAGCCUUCUGGAAGACGCUUAACUCAGUUUUCUAGUUUACACUCAGUGGUGGGUUUUAAUUAGCAGAGUGUGUGUAAUAUAUUAAUUUAUACUUGUGCUAUAAAAGAGUGACCUUGAGAUUUAAAAGAUGUGAGUGUGUUUUCAGCACAUGGGAAGACUUGUUACACAGCAUGCUGGCAGCUUGGUAUGAGCAAAAUCAUAGAUACUUAAACACUAGAGUGUUUUCACAUGUACAAUAACUGUUAAUUAACUUUCAGAAGAUGGGAAAAUUACAUUUUUUUUAUCAUUUUUGUAUGCAAAAAUGCAUGAGGUUGUUUGGCAACUAAAUUACUUACAAAAAGGUGAACACAUCAGUCAUAUUCUACUGGCCUGCUAUUCAUGUAGUUAUAGCUAAUUUUGUUGAGCUAUCUGGCAUAGCUCAUCAAAAGUAUAAUUGGGAUUCAGUAUGGUAACUUUCUUCUCCAAAAAGCAUAUGAAUGGCAGCUGCCUUGUUGUUUUCCUUAUAUUCAGUGUUACAAUCAAUAAUAUCCUGCUUAAAAAUCAAAUAAUUCCAAUGUUUAAUAAGAUUUGCCAUGUCAUAGUGAUGGGACUUUGAAUUUAUAUAUUCACACUCAGUUUUAUGUACUAAAUGUAACAUUAUGUGUUCAUACAGUAAAAUGACAUAUAUAUUCAUAUAUAAAUAUAUGCAAUGCCAGAUAGUUUAGGAAGUACUAACAUGAUAUGAAUAAUGCAGGUUAUACUGUAUUUGUGGAAGUGUUACAAAGGAUAGGUACCAAAAAUUGUGGCAUAUUGAUCUUUACAUUUUAUAUUUUUUAUAACAAAAUUGGCAAAUUUCAAAUAAGGUGUUAGUUUUGCUGAAGUAACCAAGUCCCCAUCCUUGCACUUAUUGUUAAUGAAGCAAGCCCUGUAAAGCUAGUGAUGGACAGUGCUGCAGGAGCUUCAUGAAGAGAUUGAUACUGAUACUAGAAAGAUCUGUGUGUGUAUGUGUGUGUGUGUGUGUGUGUGUGUGUGUGUGUGUGUGUGUGUGAGAGAGAGAGAGAGAGAAUAGGAGUAGAAUUAUGUGUGGUUUUAAUUAUUAACUUUGGAAUCAUAACUUGAAAUCAUACUAAUGCAUGGAAGUGAAUAGUAAGUUCACUGGAAGAGUACUUGAACAGUGGAGAAAGGGCUACAUUAUACUUCAGUUAUCAGACUGUGUAAGCAGAUUUACUUGGCAAAUGCUACAAUUUUUGGUACAGAAGAGGUACAUCCAGGUGUAAACAAUAAAUGUCAUACAGUGAUGCUUCUCAUAUUAUUAAUUUUCACUGAAAUAUGUUAUGCUGUUAUUUGCACUUGGGAAUAAAAAAAAAAAAGUGAGGAGAUUCACUAGUUUUUAAUAUGACAGUAUCAGUGAUUUUGAGAACAUUGGAUAGAAUAUUUGACCUUUGUUUGCUUUACCAAAUGGUAUCUAAACAUAAUAAUUUAUUCUCUUUUAAAAUCUUAGAAAAGGUUUAGGAAGAUUAGCUUACUCUAGGCUUGUGGAAUGAGAGGAGAAAAGUUAAUUUCACCUGUGAAAGACGGUUUCUUUCCCAGUGCAAAUGCAAAGAUUAAUGUAAUUUGCACUGCAUGACAUUUGUUGUAUGAUUAUGGAACUAACAUGGUUUUAAAGCAUUCAAAACUUAAAUUAAGGUUCAAAUGUGUAGCAUAUAAUGAACUUUAUACAAAGCCUAUUGCAUUGCCUUUUCCAAGAGAGCUCUACUGUACAUAUGUUUACAUAGUGUAUUUAUUUUUCCUACACCAUACAUUUUUAUAGACCCUCUUGUUACACAUGACCAAUUCGCCCUCUGAAAGGAAAUUUGUAUGGAAAUAUAUAAAAGUUAUGCUGGCCAAGUAUCAUAUGCAUCAGAAAGUUCUUUGGCAUUUCAAACAAAAUCUCAUUAAUCACUUCAGUUGUCUGAGCGUUGAUGUAAAUGUCAUUGACAUUUUGUGUAAAGGAACUUUUUCAUAAUAUGAGAUGUGAAUAACUUUUACUGCUGUUACAGAGAUCCACCAUCACUCAGAGAACUGAUACACUGACAGCUUGAUACUUUUAUAUAAUAGCAAUACUUCAAUAGAUCAAAGGUAGGCAUCCACAUCUGUUAUUGCCUGAUGUUCUGACAGAUACCAUCAAAGUUUGGUUGUUCCCUGCGACUCUUCUGCUCACCACCUCAGCCUUACGCCAUUGUCAUCAGUGUGUGGCAUCUUGCCAUCUCAGUUUCCUGAUCACCACAAAAUACUAAUGACCUCAGGAAUUCAUUCUGUGUGGUUGCUUAGAUUAGUACUGGCAGAUUUCAUGCAAACUGUUUUGUUCUGUUUUGUAUAAAAUUAAAGGCUUUAUUUUUUAUUUUUAUUGUACAUAUUGGUGGCUUCCUGAAGAAUAUUAUUAUUAGAAUGUAGCUUCUGAAUAUUUUCUGCUUGAAAUAAAAAGGUGUUCACUAUUUAAUUAAAUGCCUCUGUGAUGUUCUGUGUCCUGCUGGUGACAAGUACUAUGUGCUGUUUUGAUGCCAGUGACUAGCACAGUUACCGCAGGACCUGGCCAGGUUGUACAUCCGUCACACUUUUAAGAUACAAGGUAAUAUUUUUCUCAUAUAAGCUUGUGAUCAAAAUAAUCUUUCUAAUAAAAUACUUUGUGCAA